ACACACCUCUAAUAUUUGUCCAGCGAAUCUGGUACUUUAACUCGUACCUUGUCGGCAUGUUCAGACACGACAGUUUAUAUUCUUUGCUCGUCUUCAAUCUUUGGUUGAACUCAGCGUGUUAGUCAGUGCAAUGGAUGCUGAACAAAGGCCACUGAAACUUCACUUCAUUCCAUACCUAGCACCGGGGCAUUUCGUCCCUCUAUGCGCCAUAGCCACCCUCAUCGCCUCACGCGGCCAUCACGUGACAGUGAUCACAACUCCCUCAAACGCCCAAAUCCUACGCGAAUCCAGCCCCUCCCUCCACCUCCACACGAUCCACUUCCCCGGCAAAGAAGUCGGCCUCCCCGACGGCGUCGAAACCAUGUACGCCGUCAACAGCCUCGCCAACACCGCUAAGUUCUACACAGCCACCACGCUGCUCCGCGGACCCAUCACCCAUUUCCUGGAGCACCACCCACCCGAUUUCAUCGUCGCUGACUUCUCCUACCCCUGGAUGGAUGACGUGGCAAACAACCUCGGCAUCCCAAGACUCGCCUUCAACGGAUUUCCCCUCUUCACCGUGGCCGCUAUGGACUCCGUGAAAGCAAACCCCUCAGUACUUCCCUCCCACACGGCUCCCUUCGUCAUUCCCCAUUUUCCUCACCAUAUCACCAUGCGCGCUAGACCACCGAAGCAUUCCCUCGAUUUCUUUGACCACCACCUGGAUGUAGAGCUGAAGAGCUACGGCCUCAUUGUGAACAACUUCGCGGAGCUUGAAGGAGAAGAGUACAUCCAACACUACGAGAAAACAACGGGUCACAAGGCUUGGCUUAUUGGUCCAGCUUGUCUCGCUCCCAGAACUAUUGAAGAGAGCGUGGUGAGCGAGAACGAGUGUCUCAGUUGGCUUGACUCCAAGCCACCCAAGUCAGUUGUUUACAUAUGCUUCGGGAGCGUGUGUCGUUUUCCGGAUAAACAGCUUUACGAGAUGGCGUGCGGGUUGGAGCAAGCAGGCCAUGCAUUCAUAUGGGUUGUGCCAGAGAAGAAGGGAGAGGAAUGUGAUAAAGAAGAGGAGAAGGAAAAGUGGCUUCCCAAAGGGUUUGAGGAGAGAAAUAAGGAGAAGGGUUUGAUUAUAAGGGGGUGGGCCCCUCAGCUGCUUAUUCUUGGCCACGCUGCGGUGGCUGCUUUUCUCACCCACUGCGGUUGGAACUCCACGUUGGAGGGCGUGACCGCUGGAGUUCCGAUGAUUACGUGGCCGGUGCAAGGGGAUCAGUUCUACAAUGAGAAGCUUGUGAGUGAGGUGAGGGGAAUCGGGGUGGAGGUGGGUGCCACAGAAUGGAGAGUGGUUGGUUAUGGGGAGAGGGAGAAGCUGAUCGGUAGAGAUUGCAUUGAGAGAGCGGUGAGGAGGUUGAUGGACGGCGGUGAUGAAGCUCUCAACAUCAGACGUCGUGCAAAAGAGUUUGGAGAAAAGGCUAAAGAGGCUCUUCAGGAAGGGGGUUCCUCUCACGACAGCUUAUCGGCCAUGAUUCUUGAUCUCAUGUGUUUCAGGGACUCUAAGUUACCGCUAUAAUUCUGCUAUGCCGCAAAAUAAUAACUCUUCACGAGUUAAAUCAAUAAAACUAAUAAAAUAUUUCAAUUUA